GCAGUUGCUGAAAGACCCCCAGGUGCUGUUUGCGGGGUACAAGGUCCCGCACCCGCUGGAGCACAAGAUCAUCAUCCGCGUCCAGACCACGGCCGAUUACAGCCCCCAGGAGGCCUUCACCAACGCCAUCACGGAUCUCAUCAGCGAGCUCUCCCUCCUGGAGGAGAGGUUCAGGGUUGCUAUUAAAGACAAACAAGAAGGAAUCGAGUAA